AUGUCAUUGUUCGUGCUCUACGAGAGUGCAAGCGGGUUCGCUCUCUUCGAGCAGACCGAAAGCGAUGAAAUCGGACAGUUCCUCGAAGAAAUGCAGGACGCCAUGGCGGAUAUCAGCCGCAUGAGCAAAGUGAUCAAGCUCAAGGCAUUCAUGCCCUUCAAGAGCGCAGAGGAGGCGCUCACUGCUGCCAACGAUCUCUCUGAGGGCAUCUUGAACGAGUACCUCAAGAACUUCUUGGAGAUGAACCUCCCCACCGGAGGGAAGAAGGACAAGAAAGGUAAGGUACAGCUGGGAGUCCUCGACACCAAGCUUGCCUCUGCCAUUUCUGACGAGCUCGGCAUCUCCUGCACGACUAAGGAUCCUGUGCCUGAGCUCAUCCGCGCAGUCCGCCUGCACUUUGCCAAGUAUGUCAAGAAGCUGGAGGAGAACGACCUCACCAGGGCUUCCCUUGGUCUGGCCCACUCCUACUCUCGCUCCAAGGUGAAGUUCAACGUGAACCGUCAGGACAACAUGAUCAUCCAGUGCAUCUGCCUGCUCGACACCCUCGACAAGGACAUCAACACGUUCGCCAUGCGCGUGAAGGAGUGGUACGGUUGGCACUUCCCCGAGCUGGUCAAGAUCGUGGGCGACAACUACAAGUACGCUCGCCUGUGCAAGGCCAUCAAGGUUCGAACCUCGCUCUCCGAUGAGAGCCUGGAUGCCCUCCAGGAGAUCCUGGACGACGAUGAAGGCCUUGCCAAGCAGAUCGUCGAGGCCUCCAAGACUUCGAUGGGCUACGACAUCUCGGACAUCGACAUGCUCAAUAUCCAGACCUUUGCCGAUCGCGUGAUCAACCUCGAAGAGUACCGUCAGCGCCUCCGCGAGUACCUCAACCAGCGAAUGCACUCCGUGGCUCCGAACUUGUCCUCUCUCGUUGGUGAGAUUGUGGGUGCACGACUCAUCUCCCAUGCUGGCAGCCUUACCAACCUGGCCAAGUACCCGGCGUCUACUGUUCAGAUCCUUGGAGCAGAAAAGGCUCUGUUCAGAGCCUUGAAGACGAAAGGAAACACUCCCAAGUAUGGGUUGAUCUUUCACUCCUCCUUCAUCGGAAGAGCCUCCCAGAAGAACAAGGGCAGGAUCUCCCGGUACCUGGCCAACAAGUGCAGUAUUGCCUCGCGCAUCGAUUGCUUCUCAGAGACCCCCAACACGAUCUUCGGAGAGAAGCUGAAGGAGCAGGUGGAGGAGCGUCUUGCGUUCUACGACACUGGAGUCGCCCCGAGAAAGAAUCUGGACGUCAUGAGGGAUGCCAUGAAGCUCGCUGGCGAAGCACCAAAGUCUGAGAAGAAGAAGAAGAAGGACAAGGAGAAGAAGAAGAGCAAGAAGGACGAUGACGAUGAGGAAGAGGAGGAGGAGAAAGAGGAGGAGGACACCAAGAAGGAGAAGAAGAAGAAGAAGAAGAAGAGCGAUGAUUGA